AUGAAAGGUAAAUAUUUUUGGAAUAGUAGUUUUUGGGAUUGCAGAGCCAAGGAUGGGGAUUCUUGGCUCUGGAAAAGUUGGCUUAGUGCUAGGGGUUCUUUGAAACUGGGGGCCAGGAUGGAGGUGGGAGAUGGGACUACUAUUAAGGUUUGGUACUCUCCUUGGAUCCCAAACAAUACCUCUUUUAAGCCUAGAUGUUGUUUUUGGGGGGACAAGGGUAGAAUUAAGUGGGAUAAGGAGCUCAUACUUCAAACAUUUGAUCCUGUUGAUGCAGCUAAUAUCAUCAAAAUUCCUAUAGCUACUCACAGGAAAAAAGACAAGUGGAUUUGGAAUGGAGGGAAGGAAGGUGAAUUCUCCACUAAGGCUGUGUAUCACACUAUCAGAGAGUCCAGGAAGAUUCAAGCCUCUCAUGCAUCUUCAAGUAAGCCUGGGUCAUGGUGGAAAAACAUGUGGAAUGUCCUAUGGCAUUUAAAUAUCAAACCUAAGGUCAAGCAGUUUAUAUGGAGAUGCUGGUUUGUGGAGACUCUGGAGCACCUGUUAUUCUAUUGUCAUAAAACAUUGAAGUGCUGGAAAAUCAGUGGUGUGGAAUGGAACCUCUUGAAGCAGAAGACAAUGAACUUUCAAAGGAACAAAUGGGUAUUCAAAGGGGAUUGGAUACAUGAGAUAGAAGUGGUGGCUAAAGCUAAGGUUGAAUGGAUGGAAUGGGACAAUAAACAAGCUCAUGAAGUCAAUGAUCCUAAUGCAGAUGAACUUUUUGAGGGAGUAGGUAAGCCUUGGGUGGCUGUCAGUGCUCAUUCAUCUGCACAAGGUGACAUUGUAGUGGAUUGUGUGGUAAAACAUGGUGUCUGUUACCUGAAUAAUGCAGCAGCAGUCCAAAUGUUGCAGGAAAGGAAUGCUAAUGGAGUCGCUUUUAAUCAGCUUAUUCAGCAGAUUUUGAGUCUAGCUACUUGCUGUAGUAUUGAGCAAUUUAUGUUAUUGUAA